AUGAAGAUUGCUCUCAAUGGCAAACACCUUACAUACUGGGGUCUUCUCACUGGUCUGGAACCACGACCUCUUGAUCUCACUGCUGAACAACAAGCCAUUUCUGAUGCUAAUGCCGCUGCUCAGGCAGCUGCUGCUUCGCAAGUUACUACUCGGUCAGCAGCUGCUACCACUGAGGAUGUGACUGAGGUAGUUGAUGAAGCAUCUACAACUCCGGCACCAAUCCCUGCUGCCAAACCACCUUCUAGUGCUGCUGUCAAAGCUCGCGCCAAGCUUCAAAAUGACUGGGACCAGCGCAAUGCAACGGUUCUCACUUAUGUUGCUUCAACCCUUGACAUCACUAUGUCAGUCUAUCAACUUGAUGAUGCGACUGUUCCUGAGGUUUAUGAAGAAUUGCGUGCUAUCUGCGAUGCAAAAACCUUCUAUUCAGUGAGCAACAAGGCUAUCAAGUGGGCCACCUGGAAAUACAAACCAGGUGUCCGCCCUGAAGACUUCGUCACCAAAUGGCGUCAUCUUUUUACAGAAAUGCAACAAGCAUACCCUGUCAAGGGGAAUGUUUCCUCUCUCCAUGCCAUUCACAUGUUCCUUCAUGCAGUCGGUAACGAUACUGCCUGUCAGUACUGGUUAAAUACGGUUUCAAUUAAUGAAAACUGGUCUUACGACCGGAAUUUACAACACAUCUUUGGAGACUUCAUUGCUUCCGAAGGACGCCGCAUUGGCAAUGAUCGAAACAACUAG